AUGACAACUAUACCCGCGAUAAAUCAUAAAGACUCAACAAUAUCACCAACAACUUCACCAACUUCACCAACAUCAGUAUUCGAGUCAGAUUUACCAAUUUUUGCAACUUCAUAUCCAUCAUCAACUUCAUUAAACGAUACUAAAUUAACAAAUAAUUCAAUAGAUUCAUCCGAUUUCAAACAACAAACUCAAAAAUCAAUACUAAAUACAUUAAAAUUUGAAAGUGAAGCCGUUUCAAAUUUAUAUAAUCAAUAUCAAAAUGAUGAAUUUUCGAUAAAUCAAUUAAAUAAAUCUUUAGAAAUAAUGUAUAAUUGUCAUCAAUUUAAAAAAGGUAAAAUUAUUCUUACAGGUAUUGGGAAAUCUUUUAAAUUAGCUUUAAAAUUAGAAGCAACUUUAAAUUCUUUAUCUAUACAUUCAUCAGUUUUACAUCCAUCAGAAGCAUUACAUGGAGAUUUAGGUAUGAUUCAUAAUAAUGAUAUAUUAAUAUUUAUAUCAUCUUCAGGUAAUUCAGAUGAAUUAAUAAAUAUUUUACAACAUAUACCAGAUCAUAUUCCUAUAUUAUUAUUAACAAAUAAAUCAAAAUCAAUUUUAUCACAAAAUAAAAGAAUUUCAAGUUUAAUAUUUGCAGAUUUAUCAACAACUCAUAAUGAAUUAAGUAUUCAUGGAAUUCCAGCUCCAACAGUAUCAUAUACAAUUUCUUUAAUACUAGCAGAUUCAUUAGUUUUAUCACUUUCAGAAAUUUUAGAAUCAGAUUUAACAAAAAGAAAACAUAAAUUUUCUAAAAAACAUCCCGGUGGAUCAAUUGGAUCUAGUUUAUCAAUGGAAUUUUCAAAAUUUAAACCUUUUAAUAAAAAAGAAGAAGUUGACGAACAACAAAAAAAUUAUUCAAUUAGUUCUAACCUGACACUGUAUGAUAGUUUAAGUUUGAAAAAAUUUUCAACUAGAGAAGAAGAUAAUUUAUCAAGUCUUGAAUUAAAAUUUAAUCAUAAAUCAUCACCUACAUCCAAAAAAAUUAAAAUUAUAAAUCAUGAAGAAAUAUUAAAUCUCAAGGAGAUUGAAUUAUUAAAAUAUAUUUUAUUUUUUGAUUUAAUAAAAAUUGAUGAUUUAACUAUCGAUAUUGAAUCAGUUAAAUUACUCUAUAAAAAAAUUUGUUGUUUUGAUGAUGAUACCAAGAAAGAAGAAACAAGUUGUGAAAAUUGGAGUAAAUUUAAAUGGGUAUUGUUACGUUCUUUUAAAUAG